AUGAGUGCUCAAAUAACUCCCAGAUUCUGCACUCGAAAGUCUGAUCUUGAACGUAGACCCCAUCUCAUCACACCGGACAUGACCCCUCGUCAACAGUCCGAAUUAGCUUGUAUCCCGAUGCCUGCUAGCGCAAUGCCUGAAGUCAAAAGUGGAGAAGAUCAAUGUUUUCGCUGUAACCACUUUGGCCACGUAGGACCUGACUGUCCGAAUUAUGGUUCACCGUUCCUGAGGCCUGAAGACGAAGAUAGAUGGCGUCGGGUUGACAACGGCAAAUUGUAUAGCAUGUAUGCUUUAUGGCCAAGUCUACACGCUGAGGACGCAUACGAUGUGAUCCUCGGCGAGUCUCCGAUAUGGGACACCUUCGUUUCCCCAGUACUCAAAGCUCCGGUCAAGGCUCUAGAACAAGAAACCUCUCAAUUAGAUCAAUCGCAUCAAUCUGAAAGUGCUGGCCAACUGAUCUUUCCUCGAUUCUACAGUAAAAGGUCCGGAACAAGAAACCUCUCAAUCGGAUCAAUCGUAUCGAUCAGAACAUACGUAUCGAUCAGAACAUACUGGCCAACUGAUCUUGAUAGCUUUGUCACUCAAGCAACUUCCCUAGCCACACCCGAAACCUCUCGAGUCACAACCUCCCAACCGAACGAGACCGCAAUUGGAGCCUACAAUCAGUGA